AUGAUGCAGAGGUCAUCCCCCAAUAUUCUAAUCACGGGCACUCCCGGUUGUGGGAAGUCGACGUUGUCAGCCGAACUUGCUGCUGCUACUGGACUUAAUUAUAUUUCUGUCAAUGAUGUUGCGAAAGAGCAAGACUUAUAUGAUGAAUAUGAUGAAGAGAAUGAAUGCCAUGUUCUUGACGAAGACCGCGUGAUAGACGAAUUAGAGCCGAAGAUGCAAGAAGGCGGCCAGGUACUCAACGUUUUAUUCCACAUUAUCCGAUCAAUCUUUUUCCGGCGUCUAAUUUACGCCUUAUUUGCAAAACAGGUGAUCCUUGAUGAGGCACGAGAAUCCUAUGCUCCGGAAAUUGUCCACGAACUGAAGAGCGAAACCCUAGAGGAUUUGCAGAAGAAUGUGUCAGACAUCUCCGCUUGGAUCCAACAAUGGAAGGCCACCCAUCCAACUUGA